AUGAACUUUUAAGCAGCCAGAUUUUCAACAUCUUACAUUCCUAAAAUAAAAAUAAACUUCAUCAAGAGAGACAGUUUUCAUCUUUAUCAUAAUGAAACAGGAGAAAGACUCAUCACAAACUUAACACGCCUUAAUAUGAUCUUUAUUGCUGGAAAUUCCCUACUCCUUUUACUUGAAGUCCUAAGCCCAUUCUUUGGAUAUUGGCAUGGAGUUUCUCUGUCAAUGACUUUAUUGUUCUCAUUUAUUGGAACAUAUAUGAUUCAAUAUUACUCUACAAGACUAAUUCAUGACAUUUAUAUCAUUAAGGAUGGAAAGUUUUGUGAGGUCACCUACUAUAAUGCACUUUGGAUUCCAAAAACGGAGAAACUAAGGAUUGUAAACUUCGGGUAUUUCAAUCCUAGUAGACUUUACAAUGUGGACAUGGCAACAUAUCAGCAAAAACAAAAGAUUUAUAUAAAUUUGGGAAAGAAUAUAUACAAAGAUCCAGAGCAUAAUGAAAUGGUUAAGAUGAUGCUAUCAGGAAAGGAAUUCGAUUUCAAUUCAUUCAGUGUGCAAUAGGUCACAAGCAAGGAGGAAGUCAUCAACAAAAUAUAGAAGAUAAAAAAGAAGAAGCAGUUUAAUUGA